CAAGCGGCUGGGGAGACGGGAGACCAUGGUGGGGUUGAGGCACCUCCACUGCUCCAAGGCGGCGGGCGAGACGUGGUCGGCCGCGGGCGGUGGUGGUGGGGCUGCCCAGUUCCCCGAGAGCGUCCUGUACCGAGUCACGGUGACCACCGCUUCCACCGAGCCCCCCUGGAAGGUCUUCCCUCUCUGGCACCUCAUGGUCUUCAUGAAGCGCUUCUACAGCUGCUGCAAGUUCGGAUAUCCCUGCAGGACUAUCAAGGGCUACCAGGGACGACUGUUGGGACAUGAUGACAGGGAGAUGGAGUUUUUCCUGAGACCGGAGUAUCUGUUUGUGAACAUACUCCGAGCACAGCUCCACUUGAACAUUGCCAACCCGGAUAGAGUGGUGUUGGAGGCUGAGAUCCGGGUGAAGAUGCAAGGCAUGACCGUCACCACUAGGGCACGGAACAUCGUCUGGCACACCAGGUCCGAGAGCGAGCUGGCCUUUGACGCCCUCUUCCUCUUCAAGCUGAUGAAGGAGGCCCACCUUCAGGCCGGCGGCGGCACCACGCAGUUCCAGCUGAUCCUGAGAUGUUCCCGGCACAACCGCCCGCUCUCCUGCCGCGACCACGGCGUCGUCGUCUUGCGGGCUCCGUUCAUGGCCAUCGGUUACAUCUAAAGCACCUCCCGCGCGCGCCAUCAUGGGCUCCGCCAGUCUUCGUUCAUACCGUCCCCGUGUGGCAGUCAGUACAUCGGCCUCUGUAAACUUCCACACACU